AUGGACAUGAAUUUGUCAGCGCGUUGUGCUUUGGUUCUUUUUCUGUUGGCAUUUGUAGAUUUGAAAAUAGUCUCUGCUGCAGAAACGGGAGGCACAUCUACAGCAAAGCCUGGAGUGUGCCCUGUUAGACGAUGGGGCGUGGGGAUAUGUGCAGAGUUAUGUUCCAAUGACAGUGACUGCCCCAAUGAUGAAAAAUGCUGCCACAAUGGAUGUGGGCAUAACUGCAUUGCACCUUACACAGCAAAGCCUGGAGUGUGCCCUCGUAGACGAUGGGGCAUGGGGAUGUGUGUGGAGUUCUGUUCCAAUGACAGUGACUGCCCCAAUGAUGAAAAAUGCUGCCACAAUGGAUGUGGGCAUAACUGCAUUGCACCGACACAGACACAGGACGCAGACCAAGAUGACGAUCCCGGGGAUCAGGAGCAGACCGCAAAGCCUGGAGUGUGCCCUCGUAGACCAUGGGGCGUAGGGACAUGUGCAGAGUUCUGUUUCAAUGACAGUGACUGCCCCAAUGAUGAAAAAUGCUGCUACAAUGGAUGUGGGCAUAACUGCAUUGCACCGUACACAGCAAAGCCUGGAGUGUGCCCUCGUAGACGAUGGGGCGUAGGGACGUGUGUGGAGUUCUGUUCCAAAGACAGUGACUGCCCCAAUAAUGAAAAAUGCUGCCACAAUGGAUGUGGGCAUGACUGCAUUGCACCGACACAGUGAAGCCCGGUCGCUGUGUCCUGCCCAACGGGACCUACAUGUGUGCCGAGUACUGUUACAAAGAUGGCCAGUGCCCCGAGGAACAGAUGUGUUUCCAGAUAUGUUGAUUCUAUGCCUGCAGUGAGCCAUUGAAGCUUUAUUGGAAAUUCUUAUUAGUUAUAAGAAAUAAGUAGAAAAUACAAAUCAUUACAUGUACAAUUAUGUCUAUGAAAACUGAUGAUUUUAUGCAAUAAUAAAUAUGAAAAAUGAUCAUAGCUUUUAUGGAAACUGGACAAUUUUCAUGGGCAGUAUGUGAAUUGACAAACUCAUGUGGACUGCUGAAUUUGAAUAAAACAAG